UGGCUGCUGCCCGCGCGCCUGAGGGGGGAGGCUGUGACGCCCCCGCGGCUAUGGCCGCGGCCCCCGGGCCCUCCCGCGCCUGAGGGGGUGCUGGGGCAUGUCCCGCUCCAACAGCGUGAGCCCCCCGGGCUUCGGGGCCCCCGCGCCCUGGGAGCCGCACCGCUCGGCCUGGGGCGAAGCUGAGUCCCGGGCCAAUGGCUACUCCUACCCACCGCCACUGCCCGGCCGGUCCUCGUGCAAGAAGGCGUCGCGCCGGUGGCGGAGCGAGGACGACUAUGAGCCCCCGGCUGGCAGGACCCGUGAGGGCGGCGGCAGGAUGACGAGUGUGCGGUCCAAGUCGGCUUGGCAGGACCAUGGGCCCCAGAGCCGCCGGCACUGCCCGCCGUGCCACCCAUCGGGGGGGGACGGCACCACCGCCACCAGCCCCCGGCGUUUCGGGGAGCAGGGCGAGGUGCGGCCUCGCUCGGUGGAGCUGGGGCUGGAGGAGCGGCGUGGCAAGGCCAAGGUGGAGGAGCUGGAGGAGGAGGAGGAGGAGGAGGAGGACGACGGGGACUCGGACACGGCAGUGUUUUCCGUGGGUGGCUGCUGUGGCGGCCUGCUGCAGAUCUUUAGGUCGAAGAAGUUCCAGUCGGAGAAGCUGGAGCGCCUCUACCAGCGCUACUUCUUCCGGCUGAACCAGAGCAGCCUCACUAUGCUCAUGGCGGUGCUGGUGCUGGUGUGCGUGGUCAUGCUGAUCUUCCACGCGGUCUACGGACGCUACGAGGCACCCUACGUAGCGGUGCUGUCCACUGCCAUCCUGCUCAUGGUGGUGCUGGGUGCCGUGUGCAACCGCAAUGACUUCCACCAGGACCACAUGUGGCUCGUGUGCUACUCAGUCAUCCUGGUGAUCUUGGCCGUGCAGGUUGUGGGCGUGCUGCUGGUGUGGCCCAGGAGCGCCUCAGAGGGCAUCUGGUGGACAGUUUUCUUCAUCUACAGCAUCUACACGCUGCUGCCUGUCAGGAUGCGGGCGGCGGUCAUCAGUGGUGUGGUCCUCUCUGCCAUCCACCUGGCGAUCUCCCUCAAGAUCAAUGCCGAAGACGAUUUCCUGUUAAAGCAGCUUGUCUCCAAUGUUCUCAUCUUCUCCUGCACAAACAUUGUAGGUGUGUGCACCCAUUACCCAGCAGAGGUGUCCCAAAGGCAAGCCUUCCAGGAGACCAGAGAAUGCAUACAGGCCAGGUUGCAUUCUCAGAGGGAGAACCAACAGCAGGAGCGUCUCCUGCUCUCCGUACUUCCUCGUCACGUUGCCAUGGAGAUGAAAGCUGACAUUAAUGCCAAACAGGAGGAUAUGAUGUUUCAUAAGAUCUACAUCCAGAAGCACGACAAUGUCAGCAUUCUCUUUGCGGACAUAGAGGGUUUCACCAGUCUGGCCUCCCAGUGCACAGCUCAGGAGCUGGUCAUGACGCUGAAUGAGCUUUUUGCCAGAUUUGAUAAGCUUGCAGCUGAGAAUCACUGUUUACGUAUAAAAAUCCUGGGUGAUUGUUAUUACUGUGUGUCUGGGCUGCCAGAAGCAAGAGCUGACCAUGCACAUUGCUGUGUUGAAAUGGGGAUGGAUAUGAUAGAGGCAAUCUCAUUGGUCCGGGAGGUGACAGGAGUCAAUGUGAAUAUGAGGGUUGGGAUCCACAGUGGGAGAGUUCACUGUGGGGUCUUGGGCCUCCGGAAGUGGCAAUUUGAUGUGUGGUCUAAUGAUGUCACACUAGCCAAUCACAUGGAAGCAGGAGGCAAAGCCGGGCGAAUCCAUAUAACAAAAGCAACUUUGAAUUAUCUCAAUGGAGACUACGAGGUGGAGCUGGGUUUUGGAGGGGAACGCAACGCUUACCUCAAGGAGCAUAGUAUCGAGACCUUCCUGAUUGUACGGUGCAGCCAGAAACGGAAAGAUGAGAAAGCGACAAUUGCCAAGAUGAACCGACAGCGUGCAAAUUCCAUCAGCCACAACCCACCGCACUGGGGAGUAGAUCGCCCGUUUUACAACCAUCUCGGUACUCAUCAAGUUUCCAAGGAGAUGAAGAGAAUGGGUUUUGAAGAUCCCAAGGACAAGAAUACCCAGGAAAGCAUGAACCCCGAAGAUGAGGUGGAUGAGUUUCUGGGCCGUGCAAUUGAUGCCAGAAGUAUUGAUCGGUUACGCUCUGAGCACGUGCGCAAAUUCCUCCUAACAUUCAGGGAGCCUGACUUAGAGAAGAAGUAUUCCAAGCAGGUGGAUGACAGAUUCGGAGCCUAUGUGGCUUGUGCCUCCUUAGUCUUCCUCUUCAUCUGCUUUGUUCAGAUCACAAUCGUGCCACACUCUGCAUUUAUGCUGGGUUUUUACCUGACCUGUUUUUUGAUCCUGACCACAGUGGUGUUUGUUUCAGUCAUUUAUUCCUGCGUAAAGCUGUUCCCAGCUCCACUCCAGACUCUCUCAAAGAAGAUUGUUCAGUCCAGGACCAACAGCACCUUAGUCGGGGUCUGUGCCAUUAUUUUGGUAUUUCUGUCAGCGUUCGUCAAUAUGUUCAUGUGCAACACCGUGGAUCUCGUCAGCUGUUUGGCCACCGAGUACAAUGUCACACCAGACCAUGUGAUCUGCCUCAUCAGCAACUCAUCUUUCAACUUCAGCCUGGGCACCUUGCAGGGAUUUUGUGAUGGCUCCCUGCCCACCUGCAACUUCCCCGAGUAUUUUACCUACAGUGUCUUACUGAGUCUCCUGGCCUGCUCUGUGUUCCUUCAGAUCAGCUGCAUCGGGAAACUGAUCCUCAUGCUAAUCAUCGAAUUUAUCUACGUUCUUAUUGUGGAGGUUCCCGGGGUGAACCUUUUCGACAAUGCUGAUCUUCUGGUCACUGCGAAUGCCCAUGUGUCCUCUAAUGCAACGUUGCCAUGCUCUCCAACAAUAACGAGAGUGGCACUGAAGAUCGUGACCCCAGUCGUCAUAACUGUGUUCGUCUUGGCGUUAUAUCUGCAUGCCCAGCAGGUGGAGUCCACAGCAAGGCUCGACUUCCUGUGGAAACUUCAGGCCACUGAAGAGAAAGAGGAAAUGGAGGAGCUGCAGGCCUACAACCGACGCCUCCUCCACAAUAUCUUGCCAAAGGAUGUGGCAGCCCAUUUCCUGGCGCAGGAGCGGCGAAACGACGAGCUCUAUUACCAGUCCUGCGAGUGCGUGGCCGUCAUGUUCGCCUCCAUCAGCAACUUCUCGGAGUUCUACGUGGAGCUGGAGGCCAACAACGAAGGGGUGGAGUGUCUGCGGCUCCUCAACGAAAUCAUCGCGGACUUUGAUGAAAUAAUAAGUGAGGACCAGUUCCGACAGCUGGAGAAGAUCAAAACCAUUGGCAGUACAUACAUGGCUGCUUCAGGCCUCAAUGACUCCACCUAUGACAAGGUGGGGAAAACGCACAUCAAGGCUCUGGCUGACUUUGCCAUGAGGUUAAUGGACCAAAUGAAGUACAUUAAUGAGCAUUCGUUCAACAACUUUCAGAUGAAAAUAGGUCUCAAUAUUGGCCCGGUGGUAGCUGGGGUGAUAGGAGCACGCAAACCUCAGUACGACAUCUGGGGAAACACGGUGAAUGUAGCCAGCCGAAUGGACAGCACGGGUGUGCCUGACAGGAUUCAGGUAACCACAGACCUGUACCAGGUUUUAGCAGCCAACAACUAUCAGCUGGAAUGCCGAGGGGUCAUUAAGGUCAAAGGGAAAGGAGAAAUGACCACCUAUUUCCUUAAUGAAGGGCCGCCAAUCAGUUAGCAGCAGCUGUGACAUGACUUUAAAAAUGGGAUUUGCCUCAAAAUU